CUGUUGGCGUGACGUGCGCAGUCGCCGGCUGAAGCUCCUACUGGAAACAGGGGAGGCCAGCUCUUGUGUGAGCACCGCGACAGUUUGGGACUGUGUGAAACUUUGUUUUUCUUUCUUCCUUUUUUUCCUCCCCUUUUUUGGCGCGUCGCACAUACCUCAGCGCCGUCACCACAGGGACGAUAACCUGUCUUCAGCCGCGAUUUAAUCUGUCGAGCAGCUUCACUCAAAGAAAUCCACGCAGGACGUUAAUAUACGGGAGCACUUGAGCAUUUCUUACCUGACAUGAUGGCGCCGGGACGCCAUCUUGUGGUCGUGCUGGUCAUGGCCACGUUUAUGGGGACCAACUAUGGUCAAGAAGGUCUGGAAGUUUUUCCUGUGGAAGGAGGCACUUUCACCUGCGGCAACCAGAUGAUGGACGUGGUGCUGGUGCUGGAUGUGUCGGAUGACGCAGCAGCGCUGGAGGCCUUCCGCAGCUUCGCCGUGGAGUUCGCGCGCUUCGCCAACCUGGACUCCGGGCUGGUGCGGAUCGGAGUGGUGACGUACAGCGCCGAGGUGGACCAGCGCGUGGACCUCACGCGCUUCACCCAGACCGAGGCUCUGGUGCGCUUCCUCACUUCCCUGCGGCUGCAGCGGGGGCGGCGCGACACGGCAGGCGGCCUGCAGGCCAUGCGGCAACUCUUCACCCCCGAGCGCGGGGACCGUCCUGAUGCCCCCAACCUCGCACUGCUGCUGACCACGGGCAACUCAGUCUUGCGGGCCACACAGGUGCCUGAAGAAGCGAAUCUAGCUCAUGAAGCCGGCAUCAGCGUGUUCGCCGUCGCCGUUGGCAUCAAAGACGAGAAGGAAGUGGACACCAUCGUCAGCUCACCGGCGGAAGAGACGAAGUUUGUCGUCAACAGCCUGGAGGACCUGGCGAUCCUGCCGGACGUGGUCGUGGGUCAGAUGUGUGCUCGUUUGCAGUCGCAAGUUGUUGAUGAGCUGCAGGCUUCCAGUCGCCUUGACCUCAUCUUCCUGCUGCACUUCUCUGACAAGAUGAACCAGAGGUCACUGAGCAGGGUGCAGGCCUUCAUGAAGAGCAUGGUGGACAAGGCAGACAUCGACUCUGGAGCAGUGCGAGUGGGAACCGCAGUAUAUCGAAGGAGGGCUUCUGCCGUCUUCAACCUCAACCAGUACGGAACGAAGGAGGCGCUUCUGAACGGCAUUGACGGCAUCCCACUCAACCUGCGGUCAGCCGCGGCCAGUGCUGCGUCCGGCCUGGACUUCGUUCGCGAAUCCAUGAUGACUGAGGACAACGGCGACAGACCAGACGUCCCCAACGCUGUUGUUGUCAUCACUGACUCCAACUCAGAUGUGGAUGUGGCCAACACCGUCUACGCUGCGCAGAACCUUCGCAACGCUGGUGCAACCGUCUUCUCUAUUGGAGUCGGCCUCGGGUUCAAGGAUGAGCUUGAGGCCAUUGCUGGCAGCGGUCGCAGGACCUACGUCAUGAACUCCUUCGACGAGCUGGAGGGAGCUAACGACGAGAUUGUGGAGCAAAUCACCGCAUUGCAAGGUCGAGCUGCCAUCGAAGAGAUGGACAUACCAGAGGAGUCGGCGCCAAGAACAGUAGACAAGACUAGGAAGCUGGAUGUUGCCGUUGUCUUUCAUAUGUCCAAAAAUGUCGACCCGAAAAACGUUAACAAAGUCUUCAAACCUUUCCUUGAAAAGUUGUUUGAAGCGUCCGAAAUUGACAGUGGCCAGAUUCGAGUUUCACUUAGCUAUUUCACAAAGAAUCACAAGCUCCUGGGGAACUUGCUCAAGUUCCGGCGGAAGGCGGAUUACACCGAGGCAGUGAACAAGCUAACCCCCGCUGUCCGGAGCGACAAGGCCAACGGAGGAGCCGCCAUGCAAAAGCUGCGAGCGAAGGUCUUCACCGAGCAGCUGGGCGACCGUCCCGAUGCCAGCAAUGUCGUCCUGCUUAUCACUGACGAAAAUAUUAACAUCCGACCAAAGAAGUUCGUAGAGGAAGCCCAUGCCCUGAAGGAUACCGGGGUUAAGGUCGUGACCUUAGGUCUUGAGAAGGCCGACAGGGAGGAACUGCUUGCUGUCUCCAGCGAGCCGCCGUCUGAGAACGCAUUGAUGGUGACUGGAUACCAAGACCUUCAGAAGGAAGCUGUUGUUGAGUUGAUCAGAACAGCCAUGUUUAUGCCUCUUCCAUCUGAACCAGAUGUAGAAGUAGUUGCUCCUGGCCCUACAAUCAUCAACCUCGACACGCGAGCAAUUGACCUGGCCAUUUUGAUUCACAUGUCUCCCCAAAUGAAGCCUGCAGACCUGAAGAAAUUUCUCAAACCUUUCCUGAACGCCUUGCUGCAGUACGCGGACAUAGACGGCGGCAAGGUGCAAGUGUCUUUGAGUUAUUACCGCAAGCAGCUGACGCUGAUCUCGAACCUCAAGAAGUUCAAAACCAGGGCGGACUAUGCCAACGCUGUCAACAGUCUGUCGAUGAAGGUCAGUGGCAAGCAAGGCGAUGGCGCCGCGGCUCUCAAGAGACUACGAGAGAGAGUGUUUGACGAGUCGCGAGGUGACAGGCCUGAAGUCCACAACGUUGUCCUCAUCGUCACCGAUGACAAGAACAGCGGGGAUCAGAAGAAGUUUUUUCAGGAGGCCGAGAAAACGAAGUCAUCUGGUAUUCGGGUGGUCACGUUCGGGGUAGGCAAUGCCGACAGAAACGAACUUUACCAAGUGGCCUCUGGUCCGGGGGAUGUAAACUCCAUGUACGUACCCAGGUACUCCGACAUGCAAGAUGAAGAAACUAUCGACACGCUUCGGAGCAAAGUUUUCGCCUUGGAGGACAUCCCUGCUCAACCACCGCGGCCAGCGACAACAAGAAGGCCGGCAACUGAACUUUCAUCUACAGCCUCGGACAGCCGCCAGGUGGACCUCAACGUGAUCUUCCACGUCUCCUCCGACACCAAGGUAAACGAUAUCGACGACCAGCUGAAGCCCUUCCUGAAGGACCUCUUCCAGUACGCCGACAUCGACGGCGGCAACGUGCGGGUGGCGGUGAGCUACUACCGUAAGAACCCCACCCACAUGUUCCCCCUGCAGCGCCACAAGACCCGGGCAUCCCUCGUCAAGGCAUUCGACGAAGUUGGGCGACAGAUGCGCGGGAAGGUGGGCGACACUGGACUCGCUCUGGAGGAGGCUCGAACCACAGUCUUUGAUGCCGCCAAGGGCGACCGGCCAGACGUACCCAACGCCGUCCUCCUCCUGACCAACGCCAAAGAGAACGUGGACCAGCAGAAGUUUCUAGGCGAGGCGGGAGCACUCAAGCGUGCUGGCUUCAAGCUGGUGACCGUAGGGCUGGAGAAGGCCGACAGGGCGGAGCUGCAAGCCGUAGCCUCCGAGCCGGCCAAUAGGAACUCGUUUUACUUCCGCACAUUCGACCAGCUCCGCACACCGGAAGCACUGAACGCCAUCAGAAGUUCUAUUUAUGCACUGCAAGACCUCCCGCCAUUGGCCCCGCCUACAACUCGCCCACCGCGAACACGGCCAACGACGCCACCACCAACAAUCCACCGUUGUGACGAGGCCGAGAUAGACCUUGUCUUCGUUCUGGACGCCUCCACCAGUGUCACAGAACCUAACUUCCAGCUCAUGAAGGACUUCGUCAAAGAUUUUCUCACCAUUGCUGUCCACAUCGAACAUAGAUCCUGGGUCAACGUUCGACGUCGCCAGCAGUCGUGA